CCUCCUCCUGCCCGGCCCGGCCCGGCCCGCCAGCCCUCCCUGCUGCAGCGCCCCGAAUUGAGCCAUGCUCGGCCGCCAGACUCCUUGCCGCCCCCUCCCCCUCGUCCCCCUCGUCCCCCUCCUCCUCUUCCUCCUCUUCCUGGCCUCCCCGGCCACUCCGGGGCCCAAGGAGAGUGACUUCUACAACUUCAAGGUGGUCAAUAUCAGGGGCAAGUGGGUGUCCCUGGAGAAGUACCGCGGCUCGGUGUCACUGGUUGUCAAUGUGGCCAGUGAGUGUGGCUAUACAGACCAGCACUACCGAGCUCUUCAGCAGCUGCAGCGAGACCUGGGUCCACACCAUUUCAAUGUGUUGGCCUUUCCUUGCAAUCAAUUUGGCCAGCAGGAGCCAGACACCAACAAGGAGAUUGAGAACUUUGCCCGGAAGACCUAUGGAGUCUCCUUCCCUAUGUUCAGCAAGAUCGCUGUCCGUGGUACUGGGGCCAAUGCUGCCUUCAAGUAUCUAAUUGAAUCCUCCGGGGAAGAGCCAACUUGGAAUUUCUGGAAAUACCUAGUAGCCCCGAACGGAAAAGUGGUGGGAGCCUGGGACUCAACUGUAUCAGUGGAGGAGAUUCGGCCCAAGAUCCAUGAGCUUGUGGGGAAGCUCAUCCUGGGGAAGAAGGAUGAAUUAUAAUCACUCCUGACUUUCUCCUUGGCUUCACAACGUCAAAUGUGAAUACUAAAUGUGAAUGCCAAAUUUUUUCCCACAGGUGCCUUGCAGGGAGAGAUUCCUCCUUCCUUGCUCUUCAAACAUGGGGAGAAAAACUUGGCCUUUCAGUGGUAUAUUUUCUACUUUUAACUAAUAAGAACUUGAGACCAAUAAGAACUCAGCUGGUAAGAAUUUGUGACUGCUAAUAUCUCACAAUCUCUUCCAAGUUACAACUUGGGACCAAUAAACACCCAGUAGCCUACAAGAACUUGUGACCAAUAAGGUCUCAGCAGCCUAUAAGAACUAUAGGCCAAUAAGAACUCAGCAGCCAAUACGAACUUGAGAUCAAUGAGAGCCUAAAAGAAUUCAGGAGCCAAGAAGAACUU